AACAAAUAAUAAAUCUUUUCUCUUGUUUUUUUAUUUGUUUGUUUUUUUUUUUUGCUUACUAAUCAGAACGGUUUCCUAAAGUACCGACACGACAGGACGCUCCUGAGUCCACGGUUUCAUUCUUAUUUUCGCGGAAAAUGAAACUCUUCCUUCACAGUGCAGCGCCACUCUGCGUCACUUUCGCAAAACCUGCUCUUUUAGUCCCACAGACCACGCCCCCUUUUCCUUGCGUUGACUGAAUUCAUUUCAGACCACGCCCCUCCCCCCUCCGUCUCCAGUAUGAGUGGUGCGCUCGUAGCCACGCCCCCCUGUGUAAACCUGUACGCGCGACGUUCUCCUAUAACGUCACUCAGUGUGACUCCGCCUUCCCUGUGUCCUCUUUUGAUAAUUUACCUAAACGCACAGCGGCUAAACGUGGGCAUCUUUUUAAAGCGUUUGCGUGGUGUAAUUUUACUCUGAGUGCCACACUGCGGAUUAAACAAGGACGAGAACUUUGGUCCUGUUUUUUUUUCCACCCUGAAAAUAUAACCGUAGUUCAACUAUGGCAGCUCAGGAUUAUAAUUUUUUACUCUCGACUGAUUCGUACAAGAUCACACACUACAAGCAGUAUCCUCCAGACCUGAGCAAAGUGUAUUCGUACUUCGAGUGCCGGCACAAGAAAGGGACUCAGUUCAACGAAGUGGUGUUUUUCGGCCUGCAGUAUCUCCUGAAGAAAUACAUCGCAGGAUGCGUCAUCACAGAGGAGAAGAUUCAGGAGGCCAAAGUGUUUUACCAGAUGCACUUCAAGCAGUCGGUGUUUGACGAAGAGGGCUGGAGGAAACUCAUGGAGAGAUACGACGGCCGCCUUCCGAUCCGCAUCAAAGCCGUUCCCGAGGGGAAGGUCAUUCCCAGGGGGAACGUCCUGUUCACCGUAGAGAACACGGACCCAGACUUCUACUGGCUCACCAACUUCAUCGAGACCAUGCUGGUCCAAAUGUGGUACCCCAUCACCGUGGCAACCCUCUCCCGGGAGUUCAAAAAGAUCCUCGCCAAGCAUCUGAAGGCCACGUCUGGAAGUUUGGAGGGGCUGGAGUACAAACUGCAUGAUUUCGGCUACAGAGGAGUCUCCUCUCAGGAGUCAGCAGCGCUGGGCGGAGCCGCACACCUGGUGAACUUUUCCAGCACAGACACAGUGGCUGGAGUCCUCAUGGCUCAGCGCUACUACAGCUGCCCCAUGGCUGGUUUCUCCAUACCUGCUUCUGAGCACAGCACCAUCAUCUCCUGGGGCCGGAGCAGAGAGAAGGAGGCGUACGAGAACCUGCUGGACCAGUUCCCCUCAGGCCCCGUGGCGGUGGUCAGCGACAGUUACGACAUCUUCAAGGCCUGCAAGCACAUCUGGGGAGACAAGCUGAAGGAGAGAGUGAUGGAACGCAGCGAAGACUCCGUCCUCGUCAUCCGGCCCGACUCGGGAGACCCCACAGAGACGCUGCUGGAGGUGAUAAAGAUUUUAGAGGAGUGUUUUGGCUGUUCUCUGAAUUCUGUAGGCUAUAAAGUGCUUCCAUCAUACGUGCGCAUCAUCCAGGGCGACGGGAUCGAUCUCUGCUCAGUCGAUAAGAUCCUGAGGAAGCUCAGCGACGAGGGCUGGAGCGCGGAGAACGUAUUCUUCGGCUGUGGAAGCGCCCUGCUGCAGAAGAUCAACAGAGACACUCUGAACUGUGCGUUUAAAUGCAGCUACGUGGAGAGUAGCGGGAAGGGGAUGGACGUGUAUAAGCAGCCAGUAACAGACCCGUCUAAAGGAUCGAAGCGCGGUUGUCUGUCACUGAAGAGAAACUCGGAUGGGUUUAUCGAGACAGUGGAACGGGGUGCAGGCAAACCAGAGGAGGACAUGCUCGUCGUGGUGUUCGAGAACGGGACCAUCCUGAAGGAGUACUCUCUGGACGAGAUCCGGAAGAACGCCCAGCUUUGGGAGGAGGACCUGAGCCCGGCGCAGCACAACCAGGACCACAGCAGCGCGCUGGACAUCCACCAGAAACACAUCCUGAACGGCUUGCACUAAUCACGACGCCGCCCGCCCAUCAACGGACCAAUCCCAUCCCCUCCUUCCCAUCAAGCCCCACCCGUUUCCCCGUCAUGCUCCACCCCAUUCCCAGUACGCCUUCUGUGUCCAUCCGGCCAGCGCAAACAACCUCCAUCCUUCACGGACUGAGCGGUCACAGUGACGUUUGAUUUAUUUUUAAAAAAUAUUUUUUUUUUAGAUCACGGUGAUGCUAAAUCAGGGUUUUUACAUCUUUUAGGUUUUCGUUUCAAUCUAGCAAAACAUUUUGACAUCGAAGUGUUGUGCAGUGGUGGAAAGAACAUCGAUAAACUGAAAUAACAAUUACUUCAGUUGAGGAGAAUUAGCACUAAAUUAGCAAAGUCGUCUGGGGUUUUUUGUUGUUGUUAUUUUUAAACUCAGGAGUUGCUCACAAAGUGUAAAUACAUCAAGUUAAUCGAAUAGUCAUUGUAUUCAUAGUAUUCCAUAGUCUGCUUUCCACCACUGUCUAAUUUUCACAAAAUGCCAAAUAACGCUAUUGGUGCUUAUAAAAGACCGUUAGUGUAUUACCAGCAGGGCUUGUGUUUUUUUUUUUUAUUUUAUUUUAUUUUUUUUCUUCAGAUUUUCGAAUGUUUUUUGUUGAAUUUUACUGAUGAAUUGCUUUAAAAAAAAAAAAAAAAAAAAAAAAAAAAAAAUUAAGAAAGGAAGGAAAAUUCAUAUCAGGUUAUUGAAUCAUCUCCAGGUCAGACACGAUUUCCUUUUAUGCAGCUUUUUAAAAAUAAAUAAAUAAAUAAAAAUGAUACAUUCAGUACAGCCUAUGCACCUCCCACAGGAGCGGUAUGAAAUAUACUCGAUAAUACUGCAUUUGAAUACGUAGAAGGCAGCACGUUCGCAUCAUUUUCUAGUCGGAUUUGUUCUUCGCCGUCGCUUGUUGAACGAUUAUUCUCGCACUGGCCACUCGCAGUUACGUGCACUGAAUGACACCGAAUACGCACGCGGUUCUCCGUAUCACUUUUGUCGGAUUUAAUCUGGGGGUGGGGGGGGGGGGUGGUUUAUAAGCACCGAAGAGUUCCGCUCUCACCAAAUCAGUGUAUUAAUGCUGCACAGAAAGCAGCACUUUCGAGAAGGCCACGUCUGUAAUGAUAUGCCUACGAAUACAUUCAUAAAGUUCUACUGCAUUUAUAAGGUCUUCUUCUUCUUCUUCUUCUUCUUCUUCUUCUUCUUCUUGUUUAUGAGAAUGCACUUUAUAGCAAUGUCUAAGAAGUGAACAUGACAAUGUCAAAGAAACCCAGCUUGUAUACUAUAUUAUAUCUAGUUCUAGAUUAUACAUACUGACACCUGUCCUGUUUUAUUAUUAUUAUUAUUAUUAUUAUUAUUAUUAUUAUUAUAAUGGGAAGUGGUAGCUCAGUGGUUAGGACAUUGGACUUCUGAUUGUAAGGUCUUGAGUUCAAAUCCCAGUACCACAAUCUACCUCUGUUGGUCCCUUGAGCGAGGCCCUUAACCCUCAACCGCUCAGUUGUAUAAAUGAGAUAAAUGUAAGUCGCUCUAGAUAAGGGCGUCUGCCAAAUGCAAUAAAUGUCAAUUGUUUCAGUGAGUUACAUUUUCACACAGCCUGAAAUGCGACUGUAAUUAUUGCUAGAGGUAAAACACUAAACAAUACAUCGAGACAGCAGUUAGUAAUAGACAUGUAAUAUGCAGUAAUAAACAAGUAAUGUUUUAAACACUAUGUAUAACGCGUCGCGUGAACAGUUCGUAUUGCAUAACGCGUUUCCAUCCAUAAUUGUUCUUGAACACCGUGUAUAUAACGCCUUAUGAAUGCAUUAGGACUUGUUAUGAACAUGUUCAUUGUUUAUUAUAUACAGUACUGUGCAAAAGUUUUAGGCACCCUAUUUUUUUGGGGGGGGGGCACAAAUUUUGUAAUAGAUUUUUUUUUUUUUUUUUUUUUACUUUCUGACAACAAAAAGAAAAACAUUUUAGAUUCUCAAACAUUAGUUUUCCAGCACAAGAUGAAAUGUUUGCAUGUCGUUAAAGAAAGCCGUAAGAGAACACUUUUCAGACUAAAAAAAACAAAAAAAACCACAAUGAUGGCUGCUGGGUUUUUUUUUGCAGAAAUAAUAAGACGCGAGUGCGACAGUCAAAGUCUCCAGAAGAACCGCGACUGGUUCUGCAACAUGCUCAAUAACACGUACCGCUCAUUUCCUUAUCAAGCUGCACUAAUUGUUCCUGACUACUAUUUCUCUUUUAUUUCUUUGUCACACCAAAUAUUGACUGUUUCAUUUACUGCUGUUUACUGCGCUUUACAGUAUUUCUUUUUGAAUGUGGAAACAUUUUAAUUUGAUUAUUUUGAAGGCGUCUUCGCUCUACAGCAAUUCUUUUGCACAGUACUGUAUGUGGCCUUCAUAGAACGUGUUGCUGGACUUUCUUCCUCACACUAAUUCAGUGAAACUGAGUAUGGUGUGUGUGUGUGUGUGUGUGUGUGUGUGUGUGUGUCUGGAGUUGCUCACACUGCCUUAACACCCACUCGGACUCCGGUGCCCUUUUUUUUUUGGCGCGCUCUCUCGUUUCUCACUCUCUCCCUCUAACGUCUCUAACCCUCUCCUUGUCUCACAUAAGUGACUGCUCUGUGUUUUUCGUUUUGUUUGUUUGUUUAAGUCCUUCGUCUUGUCAGUCUUUGUAUAAUUCAAGUGUUCCUUCCGUGUCCGUGUGUCUCGUCUGUUUGGUGGGAAUGGCGCGUUUUCUUAGUCGAUUCUGAACAUCGGAUAUGAAGCAGAUAUUGACCCUACCUCUUCUUUAUUGUUGUUGUUUUUUUUUCUUUUUCUAUGCCACAAUAAUGCUGUUUAGUAAUAUGAAACAAUAAUAAUUACGCUAAAAAUGAUGUGCGUUAUGCAGUUGUGUAAAUACUUUUUGAAAUUGUAGCAGUAAUGUUUUUUGCUUUUAACUCUUGAUUUUCUCUCACACUUUUUUUUUUUUUUUUUUUUUUUUUCCCCCCCUCCAUUUUUUGUUUUUACAAAUGUGAUAUUUAGUAUGAGGGGGAAAAAAAGUAAUAAAUACCAUCAGUUUCCACUCA